AUGCCUCCUACUCAACUCGCCUACCCGUCCCCGAAGCGCAAGCGCGAGCAGCCUCCGCCUAUACCGCUGCUAAACACUGCUCUGGUUCCGGCAUCAACACCACCGAGAGGUAGCCCUGCGCCUUCCUCUGGCGCCAACAGCCCUCGCAAUGCAGUCGCAGACCAGCUGCGAGGUAUGACACUUGUUGCGACUUCGGCAAUACCCAUGUCCCCGCUUACACCUACCGACGAUGUGAUACGCAAGAAGCCGAAGCUUGACGAGAUGAGAGUGGACGGCGGAGCAUGGCUAGACAAGGACGGCACAAUAGGCACAAUAGAAAAACAGAAGAAGAGAAACGAGUUGGAUAAAACUGCCGCUCUGCACAAGCUGGAUCCGGCCAGAGAGAUACCUGAGACCCCUCAGUCGCAACCCCGCAUAUUGCCAGAUAUUGCUUCUUUUGCACAACCGACGGCAUUUGUAUCCUCACCUGGCCCAACAUCAAUGCAACAAUCACCAAAUAUCACCCAGAAGCCACGGAAUCAAAAUCAAUCUUCUUCGCAUGCUCGCUCGUUGAACAGGUCUCCGUCGCCACCACCAUCGGCGCUCACGUGGCACGAGGGUGAGAUCACAGGUCACCUGGUCGACCCCUCAACUGAUCCAGACGAUGAUGGCACCGGUCUGAAUGGCAUUGGAUUUAGACCUACAGCGGCUAUGGCCUACGCUCGAUCGCAGAAAAGGCGACAGCAGCUGAACGAAUGGAAAGCAAGAGAGACUCGCGAGGCAAGAGCCAAACGCCACGAUCGCAGACGCCGAGGAGUUGGUGGGACCGCAUCACGAGAUACAACCGUGGAACGUGAAAUGCCACCCAAACAAAUUGACGUGAGUAAAAGAACGGUGAAGUUCGCAGUAUAA